AUGACCACGGACUCUCCAACGACAAGACUGAGGCGACAUGUUUGCACACUUCUCGAAUCGCCAGGCUCGACUUCCUCGAUCGACGAUGUUGUGACCGAGUUUCCAGUGGAGGUCGGACCUGAACUUGACGAAGACCUGCAUAGACUUUUUGACGAAUUAGCUGAUCCCAGCUCUCUUCACCACAUUCAAGUCUUUCUCUCUGUUUUAUACGACUUGCAUUCUAUCACCCGAAUUCAUUCAUGGUUUGAGGUCCUUCUCCGGCCCGCUCUCCGGGAGCCAAAGCUUCCCGUACUCGCCGUCGACCAAGCGAAGCAACUUGUCGGCAUUUCCCUCAGCGAAAUACCAGAAUUUCGGUCACAGCUUCUGGCUUUAUACCUCCAUGGAUUCAAUGCUGCGUCUUCAGAUGAUAUUCUCGAAUGGGCUGAGAUGGAUAAUGUGCGACGGGACAAGCUCUCGACAUGGAAGACUAACCUCGAGGACAUAUUGCUCAACUACGGCAAGGACCAUCCAUUGCAACUAUUAGAUGGUCUGAAUGAACACUUUGCCAGUCCUUCUGCGCGUCUCCAGCUCCUUAUCCUGAUAAACCUCUUCAUCUCCGUCCCUUCAUUCCCAUCCACAGCGAUAGAUAUGGCAACUCACCCUCUCUUCGAAAGUCUGCUUUACUGCUUGACCUUCGACAAGUCCUCCACUGCCUGCACAAUGGGUCUCACCAUCCUUGUGAAGCUUCUCCCUAUAUUUGCCGUGAAUGCUUGCGACGCUCUUAAAAGCCUUCUUCCACAACUUCUCAGCAUACUCGCAAGGGUAUUGUGCUGGCGAGAGCGGCCGCCCAGUCCUUCCCCUCACUCACCCGAAGAGGAAACACCACCUGACGCAGACUUGGAAUUGAACGAUGUUGAAGACACCAGCAUACAAUUAGUCAUCCGAGACGACAUUUCAUGGACGGUUCUUGAUCAAUCCUUCGAGGGGGCCGCAUCAGUGCCUUCGCCUCGACAAUACUACACCUUGCUUUACUAUCUCUUCCCUUGCAACGUUUUACGCUUCUUACGAAAGCCCGUCACAUACCUCACGCAACACGAGCUUCCAAGUCCAUACACUGUCGACUGGAAUGCGGCCCUUGAUGAACAGAAAGUUCGCAGUAAGAGUGAGACAUUAUUGCGAACCCACACAACACAUCCCCUCAUCAUUUGGCGUGAUGCUACCGAGGAAAUCUCGAAACCAGACUUUUGGGCAGAGUACGAUGUUGCGCAAAUCGUGACUGAGGCGAUGAUGUUGGAUGUACGGAAUACGGCUCUUGGGUUACGAGCACGUUAUGCAACAGGAACACAAUCCACAGGAAAUGGAGAAGAAGACUCGAUUCCUCCGCAAGCAGAGACCGAAACGCAAUCUAUCUCGUUGGCGAACAUGAUUGCUACCUCUAUCGCUCUCAAGUCUAAUCUUGACGUGGAUGUUACAUCGGCCACGGAGCAAUGGCCACAAGGACUUUUUGAUCGGUCAGACGAGCGAACACCCUCACCUACGGACGGACAACUGCCGCCACAUAUCAGUCAAGUGAUAUCUGUUUUACAACGCGAAAUCCUUAUGCUACGAAGCGAAUUGAACUUCGAAUUAUGGCUGGCCCGCGAGAAUGUCAAGCAUGUUGGUAGGCUUUACAAUGCGCGUAUUCUUUCGCGAGACGCAGAGGUCGAGAGACAAGGCUUGUACAAUAGUCUGCGGAAGUAUCGCAAACAGGUUGCCGCACUCGAGUCAGAACUCCUCAAUAACAAAGCCAACGCUACAUCCACAAAAGAAAAAUAUGUGGACUAUAAUCGUGAACUGCAGGACCGACUUCAAACCCUAAAGGAAGAAAAGAAAUCACGAACCUCCGAGAUCACGGAACUGCGGAGGGCAGACGUUGAAAAGACGGCACUGUUAGACGCCCAGCAAAAGCUACUCGCGGACGCAAACCAACAGCUAGCAUUGUUGCAGAUCCAGAAGAAAGAGUCCCAACACAAAAUCGAUCGCUUGCGCGACUACGAACGCCAGAUCGAACAGCAUGUCAAGGUUCAGCGCGUUUUUGACGCGUCUUUUGCCCAAUUUCAACAGCGUGAAGAUGAACUGGAAGCCCUCAAAGUGGAACGUCAACGAAUGGACCUAAGACUUAGAAGCUACCAAGCAACAGAAUCGAACAUUGACGAAAGCAUGCGGGCUCUAAGACGGCAAGUGCAGACAUUGGAAGCGCAACUCAAGCAAGAGAAAGCGAAACUUGAGUCGUGCUUUCUUCCAACCCCCACCACCCCACUUUCUUCUCUCCCUCACUCAUCUCAUUUCACUUCAUCCACCAUGGCCGCCGCCGAGAGCUUUGGAUUCCAAGCUGAAAUCAGCCAGUUGCUCGACCUCAUCAUCAACACCUUCUACUCAAACAAAGAGAUCUUCCUUCGUGAAUUGAUCUCCAACGCCUCCGAUGCCCUCGAUAAAAUUCGCUACGCCUCCCUCACUGACCCUUCCGUUCUCGACACCGAGAAGGACCUUUCCAUCUCGAUCAUCCCCAACAAAGAGGAAAAGCUGCUGAUCAUUCGCGACACGGGUAUUGGCCAGACCAAGGCUGACCUCGUCAACAAUCUCGGUACCAUCGCCAAGUCUGGCACAAAAGGCUUCAUGGAGGCCCUCUCUUCUGGCGCCGACAUCUCCAUGAUUGGUCAAUUCGGUGUCGGUUUCUACUCUGCCUACCUUGUCGCAGAGCGUGUGCAGGUUAUUUCUAAACACAACGAUGACGAGCAAUACAUCUGGGAGUCUGCCGCUGGUGGUACCUUCACUAUCACCCUCGACACCGUCAACCCUCCCAUCGGACGUGGUUCUGAAAUCCGUCUAUACCUGAAGGAGGACCAACUCGAGUACCUCGAGGAGAAGAAGAUCAAGGAGAUUGUCAAGAAACACUCCGAGUUCAUUUCUUACCCAAUCAAACUCGCUGUCACGAAGGAGGUCGAGAAGGAAGUUGAGGAUGACGAGGAGGAGGCCGAUGCCGACAAGCCCAAGAUCGAGGAGGUCGAGGAUGAAGACGAUGCGCCGAAAGACAAGAAAAAGAAGAAGGUUAAGGAGCAAGAGACCACUACCGAGGAGCUCAACAAGACCAAACCCAUCUGGACUCGCAACCCGUCAGACAUCACGACUGAAGAGUAUGGCUCGUUCUACAAGAGCUUAACCAACGAUUGGGAGGAUCAUCUUGCUGUCAAGCACUUCUCCGUUGAAGGUCAACUCGAAUUCAAGGCCAUUCUCUUCAUUCCCAAGCGGGCACCCUUCGAUCUCUUCGAGUCCAAGAAGAAGCGCAACAACAUCAAGCUCUACGUUCGCCGUGUCUUCAUCAUGGACGACUGCGAGGACCUUAUUCCCGAAUACCUCAACUUCGUCAAGGGUAUCGUCGACUCGGAGGACUUGCCCCUCAACAUCUCUCGUGAGACGUUGCAGCAGAACAAGAUCCUCAAGGUCAUUCGCAAGAACAUCGUGAAGAAGUGCAUGGAGGUCCUUGCUGAGAUUGCGGAGGACAAGGACAACUUCACCAAAUUCUACGAGGCUUUCGGCAAGAACCUCAAGCUCGGUAUCCACGAAGAUGCCCAAAACCGAAGCAAACUCGCCGAGUUCCUGCGCUUCUUCUCGACCAAGUCGUCUGAGGAGCAGACCUCGCUCAAAGACUAUAUUACCCGCAUGCCCGAAAUCCAAAAAUCCAUCUACUAUCUUACCGGCGAAUCUUUGGCGGCCACCCGCGACUCGCCAUUCCUUGAGGUUCUCAAAAAGAAGGGCUUCGAAGUUCUGCUGCUCGUUGACCCCAUUGACGAGUACGCCAUCACACAACUGAAGGAGUUCGAUGGCAAGAAGCUCAUCUGUGUGUCUAAGGAGGGUCUGGAGCUUGAGGAGACGGAGGAGGAGAAGGCGGCACGUGAGGCUGAGGUUGCUGCCUUCAGCGACCUUUGCACCACCGUCAAGGAUGCUCUUGGCGACAAGGUCGAGAAGGUCGUCAUCUCCAACCGCAUCACCGACUCCCCUUGCGUUCUUGUCACCGGCCAAUUCGGUUGGUCAUCCAACAUGGAGCGCAUCAUGAAGGCGCAGGCACUCCGUGACUCAUCCAUGUCGUCGUAUAUGGCCUCGAAAAAGACCCUCGAAUUGAACCCGAGCAACCCCAUCGUCAAGGAGCUCAAGCGUAAGGUUGCGGAGGACAAGGGCGAUAAGUCUGUUCGCGACUUGACCUAUCUGCUCUUCGAGACAGCGCUGCUCACUUCUGGCUUUGCUCUCGAUGAACCGACAUCUUUCGCCAAGCGCAUCCACCGAAUGAUUGCACUUGGUCUCGAUGUUGAUGAGGAUGAGGAGGAGGAGUCAACAGAAACCUCUACCGCCCAACCAACGGUUGCCGCCACGGAAACCACGUCUGCUAUGGAGGAGAUCGACUAA